CAGCCUGGACUCACUGCACACCCACAGCACAGAGAGUUGCAGCACAGAGAGCUGUUUUCUAUUUCCUGCACACACACAGUACACAGAUAUAUGAUGCAUCAUACUUCUUCAGCAGUUUAAAACUCAGCCUAUUCUUUCUUCCAUCCACAACAGCACCUGGGACUUAAUCUAUUUUCUGCACAGAGACCUCAGCGUGUGUUCCAUCGUCCACAGGAUGCAUAUGAAUAGCUUAUUAAAUCAAUGGAUGGACAUCUCCAGUAUGUGUGAUGUGGAUGUGUCCCCAGAGCCCACCAGUCCCACCCUGUACGGAGAGUCUUCAGACAAGUACUACAAUGUGGACCGCUGGCAGAAGCUCCGCACUGCUGUUCGUAAACUGGAGUUCUGGGAAAACUUUACUGCCGAGCUAAUUGGAAGUGGCUUUUUCUCCAAAGUCUACAAGGUGAUGCACAGCACCAGUCGGAAGGUGAUGGUGGUCAAGAUCUACAAAAAUGACGUGGACCAGGACAGCAUCGUACGAGAGAUCAGCCUUUUGCAGAAACUCUCCCACCCCAACAUUGUCAGAUAUCUGGGAAUCUGUGUCAAAGAAGACAAACUGUAUCCUAUCCUAGAGUACGUCAACGGUGGCUGUCUGGAGGAGCUUCUGGCCAGGAAAGAUGUGCCACUGUGCUGGAGAGAGAAGGUGGACCUGGCCUGUGACAUAAGCAGAGGAAUGAUCUACCUGCACUACAAGAACAUUUACCACAGAGACCUCAACUCAAAGAACUGUCUGAUCCGGGUGUCGUCUCGGGGACGGGAGGCCCUGGUGACGGACUUUGGCCUCGCCAGGGAGGUGGUGGAUCUGCCAGUUAAAGAUCCCGGCAGGAAGCUCUCAUUGGUGGGCUCAGCCUUCUGGAUGGCCCCUGAGAUGCUCCGAGGGGAGCCAUACGACCGCAAGGUGGAUGUUUUCUCCUUCGGCAUCAUGCUUUGUGAGAUUCUGGCCAGGAUUUCUGCUGACCCAGAGAUUCUACCCAGGACUCAGGACUAUGGGCUGAAUGUGAACACAUUCAAGGAGAUAGUGAGCGACUGUCCUCAGCGACUCCUGGACCUGGCAGCCAGCUGCUGUAUGUUGGAGCCUUUCAGACGGCCAGCCUUCACAGAGCUGCUGGAUGAGCUGGGUGAAGUCGCUGAGACCCUCGAGCCACCGCCCAAAUCUGACCUGAGCACAAGCUGAACGGUCAGGAAAGCCCACCUAUUCAGCAUCAGGACCGGAGGGUCUGAGGUUUAUCGCCACUGUCUUGAGAGGAAACUGGACUGAAUCUGAGUAAAGACAGCACCCAGUCGGGUGUGCAGGCCUCUCUGGCUUCACUCUCUUCCACUGCACAACACAUGACCACAGUGGAACGCGACUUCACUGAGGUGGUGCAGAUAUACAGAUUUAGAUGUGUUUUCAGUGGAAACUAUCCUUACUUCUCAUGGACACUAUGCUUUACAUAUACAGUAAAUAGCAGUAAGGCUUGUAGGAGUGAAUAUAGAGUUUGUUCUGGUUUUGUUUGUUUGUUUUAGCUGAUGUCUUUCUUGACUAAAGCGUUAGUCUGUCUUCCUUCCUGUGUUUCUGCUAUUCUUUGUUUGAGAUUUUAUCUGUAACCAACGAGAUAGACGAUUGAGUCUGUUGAUGUAUUUUCUGCCUCCUCGGUGUGCUUAUGCAGCCCUGGACACUGCUCUUCAACAGGAAUUUGCAUUUCUUUACCGAGAAAGACUGAAAAUGCGCUGCUCUCUACCGGGACUUUGACAAAGGAAUCGCCUGACAUGAGAUAUAUUUGAUUGGACGAAAAGGUUUUCCAGAAUGCACAGCAGCAGUGGAUCUACACACAGGACUAAGGAAAUGAGCUGAAGAGAUUAUUAGUUAUUUGUAUAUGUUCUUAAUAGUUGAACUCUAGACAGAAACUUCAAACAUGCCGUCAAACUUUCAGGUUCACAGUUAAUAUUCUUGUUGGUAUCAUUAAGCUAUUUAUUAUUUCCAUAAAAGUAUUUUCACUAAUGAAAGCCUGCAACAUAUCAGCUUUACAGGAACAAAGAAGAAAAAUCUUUAGGUUGUUUGACUUUACUUAGCUUGAGUUUGUAUUUGGAUGAUGUUUUCUGCUAAGAACCAUUUCUCAACAGGAAAUCAUUAUUUUUUUUGCAUUUACGGUUCAAUGUCCUCAUACUUAUUCUGCUGUAAUUUUUCGGGAAUAUAUGUGUUAACUUUAAGCUCAGCAAGCGUGUCAAUAUUUCUUCCCUUCUCUUUUUGCUCACAAAUUUGUUGUGUUUUUUAAUUCUGCGAAAUGAUAGGGAUUGGAAGUGUCCACAAUCUCUCAAGUUUACCAGUUCUGACUAAUUUCUGGUUUGUGUAUGGUCUCACAUUGAUUUUUCAGGCAGCUACAACACAAAAUUAGCUCAGACAUGCACCUUUCAGUUACUGCCCCUAUUAAAGGGUCAGUGUGUAUGAUUUCAGGGGAUCUAUUGGCAGAAAUGGAAUAUCAUUUUAAUAGUUCUCGCUAGUGUAAACUAUUUUUGUAUAUUGCUACCUUAGAAUGAGCCAUUCAUCUCUACAUCCGGAGCAGGUCCUCUUCAAUGGAGUCCGCCAUGUUGCAACUCAGCCAAACUGCAAACUAUCACUGACCUAAAGGUCACCGUAUGCUUUGCACGCUUAAAAAACAAGGUGUAUUCAGCUUUACAUUACAUUACAUUUAGCUGACUCAUUUAUCCAAAGUGACUUACAAUAGCUGGUUGCAAUCUGCAAUGUUAACACUAGACGGCCCUAAGUCCAACACAGUAGCCCUUUAAGUUGAAUCUGUAUUUCAAUUGGCAAAAUGUAAUCUAGUUUUCAGACUUAACUACACAGGGCUGAAAAAAAAUUGUAAAAAAAAAGAUACAAGAUGAUUGAGAAAUAUACAGCAAAAUACUAUAUCUGCUGGCAGGCUUACACACUUAAAUAAUGUUGAAUUGGAAGUACGAUGUAAAGUGCCCUAAGACAAUGGAUCAUGUGAUUUGACGCUAUACAUAUAAAAUUGAAUUGAUAAACUCACCGAGGAGAAGAAGGUCUGAAAAGUAGAACAAAUUUGAAAAGCCAUUUAAAUGGCCAGUUUUGUCCAUUCAAAGUAAAUAACUGCCAGCAAAUCACAGUGACUGCAAAAUUACCUGGAUAACUAAUAUAACCAUGUUAUUCAUUGUACUGAAAUACAAAUGGAAGAAUAAAGUUUCAUCCCAAUUCAAUUAAAUGUGUUUGUGUGUAUUACUCCAUUUACACAAAAUAAAUGACUGAUACAAUCAAUUCUACACACUAUUUGUGAGAUUCCUUUUUUUCUCCAGUUGUACAUUGUGUAUAGGGCCAGUAAAACUAGCCUUAAUUCACUUUCCCAAAAUACAGUUUUUUGUGCCUAGUGACAGAGGUUUAUAGCGAGAAUGGGGCUGACAGUGAACCAAUGUAAAAACAGACGGUAUCAUUGUUCUACAGUCAUUGCAAUGUGCAUCAAUAACAUUUACUUCAUAAUGAUGAGUCAACCAAAAACCUUGAUUAUCACUAAAUAAAAACAUCUUGACUUUGAUUGUAAUUUAAUGUUAAAUAUGUGGUGUUCAUCCCAUUUGUCGGCUGCUUUUGUGAUAACAUUUCUAACUUCAGAUCUGGUCCAUGUUUGGUUGUCCCAAAAGGCUCAGAUUUAGCACUUAUCUGUGGAUGUUAAAGGGGACAUAUUAUGCCCAUUUUACCACAGUUCAUAUGGUUCCAUGGGGUGUUAAUGAAAUGUCUGUAACAUAUUUUGAUCAAAAUACCACAAGGAUCAUUUAAAACAGCACCCUUUUUACCCUGUCUAAAACAGCCCUCCUCAGAUUGACCUGUUGUGAUUGCCCCGCCCCCCUCAACCUCGUGAGCCAGGCUGCCAGAGCCCCAGCUCCCCAGCACAGCCCUGCAGUGGGAGCAGUUGGAGCAGUGGGAGCUUGAGCUGGCGCAGCAGCAGCAUCCUUCCACACUGUUGAGUCAACGAUUAGAGGUGUCCCGGGGGUCCCUUGUUUAUGCGGCCACUUAAAUGUCUGACGGGUAGCAGCUGCGAGCUAACGCUAGCUGGGCUCCACCAGCCUGGUUAGCUCGCGAGAUUGCGAGCUAACCGGGCCGGUUGAGCCUGGCUAGCAUUAGCUCGCUCGUCCAAGGCCAUGUAUAGAGACUCCUACAUGGGCAUUAUGUGACUAUGACGUUUAUUUUGUUUCUGACAUAGAGGAACGACAACAAAUCGCGGGAGUUGUUUUUUUCAAGAGUUUUUGGGAUAUUAGACAUACCAGAUACCCAAAUUAACGUGUAGAACCACUACAUAAGUGGAAUUUUCAUAAUAUGUCCCCUUUAACCACUGUCUGAAGUUAAGUGCCCUUCUGUUCUGAGCCAGUCACCUGUAACAUGCACAAAGCUGCCUUCAACUGAGGCCAAAAGUAAAAAAUUUCACCAUCACAAAUUCACCUCCCAAGUCUCUUCUGACAGUAGUUGCAUGGCCUCUUCUCUCCAUGUGAUCUCAAUACAUCCACUGAAGGUUAUUUUGUGCUGCAUAAACAAAUAAUAGCAGCAGCAAACAACAUCACAAAUGUCCAAAGAUGAAAUAGCUUGCAUGAAAAACAUGUAUACUGUAUUUGCAUCAUGUGUUCUAUAUUGUUUCUGAUUGUUUGAGUUUUUUGAGUUAUUUGAAUGUCUCAAUUUGGUAUAAAAAUUUGGUUAUUGGAUUGAAACCUGGUUACAGAGUUGUCCGUGUUGAUGUUAUUCUGUAAAAUCUCCCCCCUACGAUAGCAGCGACAGUACAGGCCCAGUGCCACAUGCUGACAUGCUAUCUCGAUACUUUCUGAACAGAAAGUACAUCUGAGGCUGAUGGGAAUGUUUUUAGUUUUGCAGUAUUCAGUCAUAAACCAAAGUAAGAAGGGGUUACAAGUCAGUUCAUACU